UGCUGCCUGGAUGAUGUUUGGAGAGGCUGGGAUUUGGCACAGAGACCACGCUCAGCCUGGGAGGGGCCCGGGAGCUGCUGGAUGCCAGCGGAGGUGCCGGAGGGCAGGAUUCGGUGGCGAGUCUUCCCAGGAAGCCUGAACACCAACUGCCUUAGGGGCUCAGCUCAACUUUGGUGCUUCAUUUUCUGCCAGACCCCAGUUUUAGCACAGGGUGAUAUCCUGCUCCAUUGCCCUGUGGAGAGUCCCGGACAAGGGACUGGGAUGGGGCUGGGAUGGGGCUGAGGUCUCCCUGACCAUGCUGUCCCUAUGAAGUUGGUGGCUCAAUUCUGUGCUGUCCUCGGCCCAGCUGGGCUCAGCCCCUGAGGAGGGGGUGUUGGACCCUAGCAGAGCUGCUCCUUUCAAGUUCCCGUCCAUGAAGAAAUCCAAGAAAAUUACAAAGGAAUUUUUGUUUUGAAAAUAAAGGCAACUUAGCUGCCCUCAAACAUGUCCAGAGACCUAAUCUCAAUGAUUGGAGCUGUGGGGAUGCAGAAGGGUGCUGAACAGGACACCUGAGCUCAUGGGCUUUGUUGGGGCAGGGCUGAGCAGCCUCUCCCAGAGCUGAGCCCCCUCCCACAGCUCAGCCCCACGACCCAGCGCAUCCCACCCCCGUCAGCUGAUGUACCGAGAGCCUCCAGGCUUUAUAAAUUAACACUCUGAGCUAUGAAUUAUGAAUGGAGCCACAUCUCUGAUCACUGCAAUGCUCUGCUGACAGCCCAGGAGCUGCUGAUCCAAGUGACAGCCCAAAGCUUUUAAAGAUGUGAACAGCAAAAGCUGGGAAUAAUUUACUUUGCAAGCUACAAACCUCUUGGCCUACAGAUGGGGCUCAUCGUAUUCCCUCUCCUGCCUCCUCCUGUCCUGUUCUUCUCUUUUGUUUCCCAGUAUUGCCUUCUCUGCUCUCCCUCUUGGUUUGUCUUAAGGGAUCUUGUCCUGCUUGGCUGUGUUGACCAUCCCAUGGGAGCUGCAUCCUUCACGGCACGUUCCUGCCCCAAGGUUGUGGUACCAACUGGGGACAGCUGCGUCCUGGCCAUCCCCAACCCAGGCACAGAUCCCCACAGCAUCCCCACAGCCAGGGCAGAGCUCCUGGUGUAGGACCCAGCGGGAUUUUGGCAGAUCUCUGCAGCUUCAUCUCCCUUUGGCCAUAACUUUGUGUUCAAGACAUUGUAUUCCACAGCUCCAUCUGCUCUGUGGAGCUCUACCACAGCUCUGUCUCUGCCGUUGGUCUCUGGGGGGUCUGUCCUUGAACCUUUCCAUCUCUGGAGGCCAAAUCCUGCCCUAAGCAGCUGGAUGUGCUUAAUCCUGGGUAUUCCUGGGGUUUUUUGCCUUCUGGGUUUGUAUGGAUUCCUGCCUCCUCACCUCUGGGAGCAGCUCCCUCUGGCAGCCGGGCUGUGCUGCCUGCUCUGGCAGCCGUGGGGCAGCGGGAGCACAACUAAAUUUAGGCAAUGAGCUUCCGACACUUGUCAGUUGUCACAAAUGAGGGCAGGGCCCUGCAUGUCCCCCUUGUGGUGCUGUGCCCCCUGCUGCACUUAGGAGACAGCCCUUGGCAAGCGGGAGGGAGCACGGGAUGGCAGGAGGACAGGGUGGCAGGAGCACAGGAUGGCAGGAGCACGGGGUGGCAGGGACACGGGAUGGCAGGAACAUGGGAUGGCAGGAGCAUGGGAUGGCAGGAGCACGGGAUGGCAGGAGCACGAGAUGGCAGGAACAUGGGAUGGCAGGAGCAUGGGAUGGCAGGAGCACAGGAUGGCAGGAGCACGGGGUGGCAGGGACACGGGAUGGCAGGAACAUGGGAUGGAAGGAACAUGGGAUGGCAGGAGCAUGGGAUGGCAGGAGCACGAGAUGGCAGGAACAUGGGAUGGCAGGAGCAUGGGAUGGCAGGAGCAUGGGAAACUAUCCCAGCCUGAGCAGUGGGUGAAGGGAAGGGGUGCUCCAUAUUCCCAGUCCUUUCCAGUUGAGCCGUUGUGAACCACGCAGCAGAACAACUGCAAAGCAAAACCUUGGUGUCUGGAGAAGGUGCUUUGCCCCGGGCUGGGGCACAGGAGCACUCCCUGACUCUGUUUCUUCCCUUGCACAGGGGAUGCUGUAAGGAGGUGAAGGAUGGACUGACAGAGCCCCAGCAGUUUCUUCUCCACCAGAAGGCUGAGGGGCUCAGUCUGCAGGGAAGGAGCCAUUUUUGGACACAAACAUCCUCUGGCUGCGGUGAGGGGAGAGCAGCCACCGCCGCGGAUCAAACCCACUCCUGGAGGGGAAAAUGCCGCUUCAGUUUGGUGUCUAAUUAGAUAUUUACCAGGAAGGAAGGAAAGAUAUAAAUAGGGUGACAGUGACUUCAAAGGGUGUUUUUUGACUUCUAAGAAUAACACCUUUGCUGGCGCCAGUUUCGGGAAUAUCAGCUGUGCCUGGGUGUGAAAGACGGAGGAGGUGUCGCAGCUUGGUCGGCAGCCAAGGGAGCAAACCCAGACCCCCGGCCCCCCGGCCCUGCCCCACCAGCUGAGGAAGGGACCGAGCCCGUGGAAGGCUCAGCUGCAUCCACAGGGACACAGCAGAGGGAGUUUGGGGAAGACGAAGCCGCUGGUGCCGCAGCGCGGGUGGGAGGGGACGUGUGGCACCAUGGGGACCCUGUCCCUGUCCCCAUGGGCGGUGCUGGGCCUUGCCCUGGCGCUGGUGGGACUCUGGGCUCCCUGUGUGGUGAGCAUGCAGCCCAACUUCAUCGUCAUCCUGGCAGAUGAUGUGGGUUGGGGGGAUCUGGGUGCCAACUGGGCAGAGACAAAGGAGACCCCGCAUUUGGAUCAGUUGGCUGCCGAAGGAACAAGGUUUGUGGAUUUCCACUCAGCUGCGUCCACGUGCUCCCCGUCCCGUGCCUCGCUGCUCACGGGGCGCCUGGGUGUGCGCAACGGGGUCACGCACAACUUCGCCAUCACCUCGCUCGGGGGCCUCCCCCUCAACGAGACCACCCUGGCCGAGGUCCUGCGGGAGGCUGGGUACAGCACAGGAGCUAUAGGCAAGUGGCACCUGGGACACCACGGCCGCCAUCACCCCAACUCCCGCGGCUUUGACUACUACUUUGGGAUCCCCUACAGCCAUGACAUGGGCUGCACAGACACCCCUGGCUACAACCUGCCGCCCUGCCCGCCCUGCCCGCGGCAUGGCACCGGUGCCAGCAGGGAGGCGAGGAAGGACUGUUACACAGAGGUUGCCCUGCCUCUGUUCGAGAACGUCACCAUCAUCCAGCAGCCCGUGGAGCUCGGCAGCCUGGCCACGCGCUACGCGGACGAGGCGUCGCGGUUCAUCCAGCGGGCCAGUGACAGCGGACGCCCCUACUUCCUCUAUGUGGCCCUGGCCCAUAUGCACGUCCCGCUGACCCCCCCCGCUGCCCCCCGCUCCGGUAGGGGCAUCUACGGAGCCUCCCUGAGAGAGAUGGAUGCGCUGGUGGGACGGAUAAAGGAGGUCGCUGACAGCCACGGGAAGGGCAACACGCUCCUGUGGUUUGCAGGUGACAAUGGCCCCUGGGCACAGAAGUGUGAGCUGGCAGGACGCCUGGGGCCGUUCGUGGGUGCCUGGCAGAGGCAGCGAGGUGGGAGCUCAGCCAAGCAGACAACCUGGGAAGGAGGGCACAGGGUGCCAGCCCUGGUGUACUGGCCUGGCCGUGUCCCUGCCAGGAGGACGAGCCACGCUCUGCUCAGUGUCCUGGACAUCUUCCCCACGCUGGUGGCCCUGGCUGGGGCAGCGCUGCCCCCAAACAGGCGCUUUGAUGGCUUGGAUGUGUCCCCAGUUCUCUUUGGCUGCUCGGAUGUAGGGCACAAGGUUCUGCUCCACCCCAACAGCGGUGCAGCUGGGAAGGUUGGCGAGAUCGAGGCACUGCGGCUGGCUCAGUACAAGGUGUUCUACACCACAGGAGGGGCCAUGGCCUGUGACGGCAGCACUGGGCCGGCAGUGCAGCACCAACCACCCCUCAUCUUCAACCUGGACCGUGACAUCCAGGAGCAGGAGCCUCUGGAUGUGGCAUCCAGAGAGUACCAGGCAGUGCUGCCUGCCAUCAGCAGGGCUUAUGCCCAAGCUCUGCAGGACAUUGCAGCAGACAAUGUCUCGGUUGCAGAUUAUUCCCAGGAUCCGGCUGCAAUUCCCUGCUGCAACGUGCAGCACGUGGGCUGCCGGUGCCGCGGGGCUCACGGAGCCACGCUGGAUCCCCACGUGGAAAAGAGAACACCACGGCUUUGUCUGUAAGCAAAUAAUUGCUCAGGCUGCUCUUUUCCUGAGUCUGGUGUCUGUGAACUCCAGGCCGGAGGUUGGCCAUGGGGAGGGAUGGAGGCUGCGGUUUCCUCUGCUCCGUGCUGGGAAGGGGGAGGUGAGUUGGAUGUGGGACUGGGGGAGCACACAGAGGGUUCCCUUUGGACCCUGGGCAUGUGGAAGGCUUUUUGUAGGGCUCUUUAUCUGGGAAAGAGACAGUUCUUGGAUUAAAAGUACCUUCUGU